GCUAGUCGCAAGUCGAAACCCAGUGUGGUGUAAAUCAAAAGAUCAAAAGUAAAUCAAAAGUCGUACAGGUGUAACUUAUAACUACGACGAGUUUUGUAUUUUUAUGCACAUACGACACUUAAGAGAUAACCAGAUGAAAUAUGGCCAGUUCAUCAAGAAAUGAUACAAACAAAGUCUGCUGUUACGCACAUCCAGAUGCUCCUCUGAUCGAGGACUACCGUGCCGGAGACCAAAUUUGUUCAGAAUGUGGCUUGGUUGUUGGGGACAGAGUAAUCGAUGUUGGCUCAGAGUGGCGGACGUUCAGCAACGAAAAGGCAGGUGUUGAUCCUUCUCGUGUUGGUGGCCCAGAAAAUCCAUUACUCAAUGGUUCGGACUUAUCCACGAUGAUUGGCCCUGGGACUGGAGCUGCUUCGUUUGACGCUUUUGGAGCCUCUAAAUAUCAGAAUCGGCGCACAAUGAGCAGCUCGGACAGAGCAUUAAUAAAUGCUUUCCGUGAAAUAAAUGGUAUGGCAGACCGAAUAAAUCUGCCAAAAACAAUAGUCGACCGAGCAAACAAUCUCUUCAAACAAGUACACGAUGGAAAGAAUUUGAAAGGCAGAUCGAAUGAUGCGAUUGCAUCCGCUUGUCUGUACAUUGCUUGCAGACAGGAAGGUGUACCGAGAACUUUCAAAGAGAUUUGUGCAGUCAGUAAAAUCAGCAAGAAAGAAAUUGGAAGAUGUUUUAAGCUGAUCUUGAAGGCCUUAGAGACCAGUGUUGAUCUCAUCACAACUGGCGAUUUCAUGUCCAGAUUCUGCUCCAAUCUGGGACUGCCAAACAUGGUACAAAGGGCAGCAACACACAUCGCUAGAAAAGCAGUUGAAAUUGAUAUCGUGCCCGGAAGAUCACCCAUAUCAGUUGCUGCAGCAGCUAUUUACAUGGCUUCUCAGGCUUCAGAAGAUAAAAAAUCGCAAAAAGAAAUAGGAGACAUUGCAGGUGUAGCCGAUGUAACGAUCAGACAAUCAUAUAAACUGAUGUAUCACCAUGCUAUAAAACUUUUCCCAGAAGAUUUCAAAUUUGCUACACCCAUCGAACAUUUGCCUCAGAUGUAAAUUAGAUUCUACCUUUAACCUUGGUGAGUAUUUGAGUUACUCUGCGAUGAUCCUUCGUUUGAUAUACUGUGUAUUCCUAGAUUUAUUCAUCAUUUCGUAGCAUUAUUAAAUCGUAUUCUCAGUUUACAUUCCCAUGGUGGCGCAUCAAUCUUGAGGACUCAGUUAUCGAUAUGUCAGAUUUUUUUAGAGCUACAUGUCCGUUAUUUUAAUUUUAGUUUUAUAAUUCCUCGAAGAUCUUGAUCACAUUUUUUUUUCACCAUUUGAAUUUACAAUUUCGUCUUUUACUGGUUCAAACCCAGAAGCAUGUAAUAUUUCUGUUUUAUUCCCGGAACUACGAACCUCAGCACUGUAACUUUUGCUACCAAAUUAUCCACAGCCUUGGAAUAUUUGAUUGUCAGUCCUUUUAUGCAUCAAUUUAAAUUCAUCUUGAUCUUUCAUGACUCUUAUAAUUCGUAUUCGGUGAUGUAUGUUGUUAAAUAGUUCAUUAUCUGUGAGUAUCCCAAAGCUAAAUCAGCUAGUACUUGAUGUUUGGCAAGAUUAAUUGAACGUAGUCGCUAAGACUUUUCAAACCUAGCCGCAGGUAACUACGACAAUAAAAUAUUAGACUGUACAAUUGGAGAAGAUAUGUUUCUUAAACCAUGUCACUGCAUCGUUUACCAUGAAAAGCCAUAGUGGCUUGGUAAUUACGUGAAUAUCACAAAAUGUCUAUUCAGCAAGUCCAAAAUUUACCUUAAUUUAAAAGUCUUCAGACGAGACGAAUUACACAUUAACAUCCAUUAUGCGUAACCACUAUACAGCGUUCACUAAUUGUUCUUGAAUUAUACAUAUUCCACAAUGCCUUUGUAAGUAUCGGACAUACAUAUAUAUAUACACAUAUUUAUAUAUAUUAUAUAUAUAUAUAUGAUGUAAAAGGAUUAAACUCUUGUAAAAUA